AUGGAGGACAUUGUUGAUACGGAGGAUUUGAUGGAGAGAGCGAGAGAAUUCCAAGGACAGGAUAUCGAAGAAUUGGAGCGUCCGAGUCGACCCACACCCGAUGAUCAAAGUCCUUAUCAAGCGUGGGGACGAGACCCGAAGAGUGGCGAGGAUGUGAUUGUGAAGGAAAACGGCGAGAGUUACACGGCCAAUUCGAAUAAGAGAGUCGCCGAUAAAGAUGUGCUCCCGUUUGAU